AAAUUUAGUUGUACACCAAUAUCCUCAGGUUGAGGAGCAUAAUUUUCAUUAUAUUAAAGCCAAAUUUUGGAAGAAAAACGCCAUUGAAAUGUUUUGCAGCAAGAGUCGAAGGACAAUCAUUUUGAUGGUAGCAUUAUGCUGCAUUGCUUUAACUGCAGGGGACUCAUCCGAGGAAUACAAUGACUAUGAUAUAAAUAAUACAGAAGACACUACCAUUGCUUCUCGAAUGGAUGAAGAAGUUGUUGAAGAUUCCGAGAAACAUGGAACACCCCAUAUGAAAUUUGGGAGAUCGUGUUCCGUUAAGGAGGACUAUCAAGAAACCUUGGCCCGUUAUUUGACAAAUUGGGAUGGUAAGACUGUCUAUCUUGUGGCACUUGCUGUUGUUAUAAUGGCUAAUAUAACAUUGCUUUCUGUCAUCGGCCUAUGUCAAUUGAAAUGGCAUAAAAUCAUGUCGCCUGGUGUCUUUAUAAACAUGCUUAUAAUGGGAGCUUAUAUUGCAUGGAGAGUUUACGAUUAUUAUGCUGUAUAAGAA